AUGAUGACGACCCCGGGGACGAGGGGAGUGGAUAAAAACCACGCGAUGCUGAUGAUGAGGACGAUGAUGAAAAUGAUGACGACCCCGGGGACGAGGGGAGUGGAUAAAAACCACGCGAUGCUGAUGAUGAGGACGAUGAUGAAUACGACGUCAAAAGAAGCCCCAUCGUCGUCAAAAUUAUAUUCGACGGGAUCGAAUUCGGCGAAGAAUGCAAUCACGAAGCAGUCGUUUUCCGCGCCACCGCAAAAAGUUGUCGCUCGCCCGGGCGUUCUCGCGAGCGAUGGGAUGCCCAGGUACCCGAAUCUCACCGUGCCGGGGUUGUUAAGAGGGUCGGAUUAUAUCGGGACGUGCUCGUUUGCGCUGACUGGAACUUUGUUAGCGGCGUCGAAAGGACUGGAUUGUUUCGGCGCGCCUAUUAUUGGGCUGAUAACAGCCGUUGGUGGAGGGACGAUUCGGGAUUUUGUCCUCGGCGCCGGCCGGAGAGCGUUUUGGAUGGAGGAGCAAGAGUACGUGUAUUUAGCGCUGGCGACUGGCGUCGCGACGUUUUUCGGGUGGGAGUACGCGAAGAAACAUUUUGAGGUAGUUAGGGACGACGCGUGGUGGAUUGAAGCCAGCGAUGCGUUAGGGGUUGGAGCGUUUUGUGUGAUUGGGUGCAUGAAUGGAGUGAGGGCUGGAGUGAGCGCGAUUAAUUGCAUCGCGUGCGGCGUGUUUACCGCCACCGGGGGAGGGGUCGUGAGAGACGUCAUCGUGGGAAGACCGCCGAGAAUUUUCCACUCGUACGCAACAGCGUACGCGACACCGGCGGCGGCGGGUGCGGCGACGUACUUGUUAGCCAGGAAAAUGGGCGUCUCGACGAGCGCGAGGAUCGUAUCCGGUGUGACCGUGGGUAUUUUGGGACGCGUCGCGAGCGAGUCCGGGAACGUGCGUCUGCCUUUGUACGAAAGCGAAGAGGCGAAAGCGAACGCGAAAAUAAAAGGAGAUCACAGACUGUGA